GCCGUGAAGCCAUUUCUUGAUUACUACGACUCUGUGGGAGGUGUGGAUUUUCGAAAAAGCACAUUUUUGUUUUUGAGAUAUCUUGGCAUCUCAGGAAAGAGUAGUAAACCAGCGUCUCUUACAUCAGUCUGCGCUUACUCUAUCUUGCGUUUUCGUUUUAGUAAUCGAGGUGGCAGCUUGAUAGCAAAUGUGGCUCUUAAUCACUACCAGGCCGGCAGUCCACGAGAAGAUUUGACCUUAAGUAAUUUUGAGAGAAUGCUCAUGCAAGCGGCAUAUAAUGAACCAGGAGGUUUAAAGCUAUGUGAGCUAAUUUCGAGUCACCUAAUUGACCAUUUUGUACCUUUCCUCCCAUUAGAGCGUCGCCAUUCGCAAGGAAGAGAAGAUUUAGCCAAAGACGAUGAACUUGUACAACGCAUUGUUGAUUCCUUACAGUACUUUCCUAAGGACAAAGAGAUUUUCUCAAGUUCUGGUUGUAAACGGAUAGCAGCCAAAGCCGACUUGGAAAUCAGCAAGGAAACAUUGCCAUCAUUUGCCAUUAAACAUCUAACUUUUGAUGAUGAGCUUUGAU